UUCACCCCUAUCCGUAUUUCCGCCAUUUUCUCGUUCCUUCCAAAUCUCGAAACGGUUCCUUAUAAACUAGUAUUUCUUCAUUAUUAAUUCAGUACUGUGAAUCGACGUUUUCAGUUGUGUUUGUUGCCGCUUUCUUCGUUUAAUCAAAACAAGAAAAAUUUCUAUCCGCCAAAACCCUAACGUUUUUCCAUUUUUUUCUUUUUCCUUUUUUGUUGUUAUUUUCCAAAUCGUAGAUCUCUCUUGUUUUGUAUAAACAUGCAUGUUUUAUGAAAAUUAUCGACAUUUAUAUAGGUGUUAUGGUAUAGACGUAAUUUGGAAGGCGGUUUCUUUGCUGGUAUUCAGAUCUGUGGAGUAUUAUCAGAUUGAAGAUUGGUUUAAUUUCUAUAUGUGGUUUCUUGAAUUGAAGGAUAGGUUAAUUGAAUAUUAGUUCGUAGUCCGUAUUUGAAUUCAAUUUGAAAUUUGAAAAACAGUUCGGACGUUUGGGAGUUGAGUCUGUUUGAAGUUUCGAAUUCUCCAGGCCUUGCCGUGGAUAAAGGAAGUUGUUGGAGUCUGCUAUUCAGGUACUCAAUUUUGUUUAAAAUUUUUUGUAGUGGGAUUUUCGGGCUCUCUCGGUGAUUGUUGGAGUCAAUUGGAAGCUGGUGUUCGAUAAAUAUUUCCCAGAUAAUCACGGAGUUGAGUGACUUUAUGGUAUCAGCAUGACUGCAUCUGUAUUUGAAUGCUGUGGUCUUCUGUAGAUGUACGUGGUUUGACAUUAAUUCUGCAUUAGUAGAGGAGGUAUAUCUGGAUGGGGGAAGGUGAAGGUGAAGUUUGCAUGUCGGUCAUGAACAAUGGAAUGAUGGAGAUUGACAAGCAACCGAGGCUCGAAGUGAAGCGCGACCAGCAGUGGAUGAUGGAUGGUGGUGAAAUAGAACCUUAUGCCAAGAGGCAGGCAACGGAAUCUUGCACUGAAAGAAAGGCAAGCGAAGUCUUACAUAAAUCUGAGCUAGAACCUUUUACCGAAAGCCAGACUAUGGAAGUUAUGAACAAUUCUAAGUUAGGACAUUCUGAAGGCGAGACAAGAGAAGUUUUGAAUGAUACUGAAAAAGAACCUUGGGCCGAAAGCCAAUCAGAGGAAGUUCCAAAUGAUACAGAAUCAAAAUUAUUGACUCGAACCCAAGAAAAAAGAAUUAUAAAAAGUAGCGAAUUAGAUUCUUGCGCUCAAGAUCAGAUGGGAGGAGUUUUGAACAGUAGGGACUUAGAGCCCUUCACUGAAAGUGAAAAAAAUGAAGCUUUGAAUGAACAUCGUGAACAAAGGCUGUCAAAAGAAGUGUUAAAUGAUGUUAAACUAGAGUUGAAGGAAGCAACAAAUGACCUUGAAGUGGAACAUUCUGCUGAGAAUCAUGUUUUGGUAGCACUGGAAUAUGGUGACUUGGAGCCUUUUUCUGCUGAAAAUAUGGUGCAAGACGCACCAAAUGAUGUUGAAUUGGAGCCUUGUGCUAAUAAUCAGGUGAAAGAGGCAUCCAAUGAUGAUAUUUUAUCGGAAGUUUCAAAUCCAGUUGUGUCUCCCAAAGACAUUACUUCAAAUGUCACAGCUAGUAGCCAAGCAGUUGAAAUGGUUGGGAAAGACCAUGUUGGUUCUGGAGAGAUCUUAUCUACAUGUUCUCGAAACUCGAGUGAUGGAAGUUUGUGUGUGGAAGAGCACAACAGAAAUGACACAUCAGAAUCAGCUUCCAUUUCCCGUGUUGUGAUUGAAAUUCCGAAGGAUGUUAGCACGGCUGGUAUCAGGAAGAUCACAUUUAAGUUUAGAAAACCCAAGGAGGACUCUAAUAGUUACAUAUCUGUUCCUGCUGCUGAGCCUGUGACUAAUAACGAAUAUCCUAGUCACUAUAUUGACAAUCCUUUAUGCUGUCCUCCCGAUCAGGCGAUACCUAGCAAUGAUGUUGAGUGUAAGAAUGCGAGGAAUGCUUUUGAUGUCGCUGAUAUAAACAGAGAAAUGAAUUUAUGCACAGAUGUGAAUGAUUUUUAUGAAACACAAAGUCCUUUCCCUUGUGUACCCCACAAGGAAUUAAAGAUGUCUAAGAAGGUAAUUCCGGAGAAUUACCCAACAAAUGUUAAAAAGCUUCUGUCCACUAGAAUUCUGGAAGGGGCAAAAGUGAAAUACAUUUCGAUUUCUAGGGAGAGAGAGACUCCAGGAAUCAUUAAAGAUGAUGGUUAUUUGUGUGGUUGUUCAAUUUGCAACUUCUCUAAAGUGGUUAGUGCCUAUGAGUUCGAACUGCAUGCAGGUAGCAAGACUAGACAUCCAAAUAAUAACAUAUAUCUGGAGAAUGGGAAGCCUAUUUACAGUAUAAUUCAAGAACUGAAGGCUGCACCUCUCAGCAUACUCGACGAUGUAAUAAAAGAUGUGGCAGGUUCUUCCAUCAAUGAGGAGUACUUCCAAGUUUGGAAAGCAAAUCUUCUAUGCGACAAUGAACUUGUUUAUGCCGAUAAAAUUCAUCAUAGCAAUCCUUUGGGCACAUAUCCCUCCACCAUCGGCUAUCUAAGGCAGACUAUUGAAGACAGUGCAACUCCUGCUUCAUGUUCUUAUUCUCACAACCCGGCCUUAAAUCAGCGGAGCUACGUAGAGGCACCAGCAGUGCGGAAGCGCUUGAUCAAAAAGCCUAGACACUAUUUUUCUGGCUCAGUUGGAGAACAUAAGAGAUCUUCCGAAGGUGGCACGAAAAAAAGGGAUAAUGAUUUACAUCGAUUGCUUUUUAUGCCUAAUGGACUUCCUGAUGGGACUGAUUUGGCUUAUUACUCAAAAGGAAAGAGGAUUCUUGGUGGUUACAAGCAAGGGAAUGGUAUAGUCUGUAGUUGUUGUAACACAGAGAUUAGUCCCUCCCAGUUCGAGGCUCAUGCUGGAUGGGCAGCAAAGCGUCAACCAUAUCGUCACAUUUAUACAUCCAGUGGCUUGACACUUCAUGAUAUAGCUUUAAUGUUGGCAAACGGUCAAAAUCUUGCUACCGGUAGCAGCGAUGAUAUGUGUGCCAUAUGUGGGGAUGGAGGAGAACUUACAAUAUGUAAUGGUUGUCCUCGGGCUUUUCAUGCAGGUAUUUUCCUAGACAUACUUCUUUUGACUGACUUACUUAUUUAUAUUCAUUCAAUUAAUCUAAAGAACUUGUUCCAAUAUUUGUGCAGGAGAAACAUAUCUGGGCAAGAAUUUAGUGGGAUGUAUUGUGUUGUUUUAAUUGUAAAGUCAGUAGUAGUAUCAGCUGGUCUUAUCCGGAUUUUUGGACAAGAGGUAGCGGAGCUUCCUUUAGUGGCUACAAGUAGAUCGAAACAAGGAAAAGGCUACUUUCAAGCACUGUUUUCAUGCAUUGAGAGGUUUCUGUCGUCAAUGAAUGUAAAAACUCUGGUACUUCCUGCUGCUGAGGAAGCUGAAUCGAUGUGGACGAGGAAGUUAGGCUUCAGGAAGAUGAGUGAUGAAAAAAUGUUUAAGUACACAAGGACCCUUCAGUUGACAAUUUUUCAAGGGACAUCUUUGUUGGAAAAAGAGGUGGUGCUGGCAGCAGACUAGUCAUGUUCACCUCGAAGAACUUGGAGCACAGAAUUCCCUCUGCGGCCUCUAGAUUUGCCCCUGUAAUGGUGAUGCAAGGGACCUUCACUUGCUACAAAACAAAGUCAGCCUUGGAGACGUAGGUGAACCAGAUUGAAGGGAGUUUCAUGGUUCAUUAUUUAAAAUCGUGCACCAGGAUUCCAGUUGGUGGCUUUUUAACUAGAAUCAGAGCAUAAAAUGCAAAGUUGUGACUACAAGAACUUUUAAUCUCUGGUGGUCAGAUGCAGAAGUCUUGAGGGGGACAUGACUUCCACGGAGGAGCUGCAUCACUUUGGAGAAUACUAUGGUCAUGAUCCGUAUUAUGAGUAUUUGUUAGGAAUAGUGCUCCUAACGAAUUCAUUUCAUUUUUGCUCGAGUUAUAUUUUAUUUGCUCCAGCGCUUGUGUUUGGGACUGCGUCCGAAAUCUAGGCAUGCCGUCAUUUUAAUAUGCAUGCACAAAUCUUUUUCUUCUUUGUUGGCUGUAAUUUUUCUUCUAGUCUGGUUAGUGUAUACAAAAAGAAUGUUUGGCCAAAUUUUGGCUGUAGUUCUAUAUUAGUAUAGUAUUUUGCUUCUCACA